AUGGCCUCGCGCCCCUCCAGCUCUGCCCGCCAAGACCGUGCCCCGCGCCCGACCUCAGGCCGGGACUUCCACAUCGCCAUAUUCUGCGCGCUCGUCCACGAGGCGGACGCCGUCGUCGGGCUGUUUGAUCACCACUGGGACGAUGGCGACCCUCUUUACGGCCGCGACGCCGGCCGCCCGAACGCCUACUCGGUCGGCGCGAUCGGCUCACACAACGUCGUGCUCGUACACAUGGCGGGCAUGGGGCAAGAUAGUGGCCGCGCAACCUUUCCGGGUAUCAAGCUGGCGUUGGUCGUCGGCGUAUGCGGGGCUGUGCCUCGUCUGGUCGACGGCCGGGAAAUCGUGCUCGGAGACGUCAUCAUCAGCGAGGGCUUGGUCCAGUACGAUCUUGGAAGACGGCUCCCCGGGCGCUUUGUACGCAAGAGAAACCUCCAAGACUCCCUCGGCAGGCAGAGCAGCGAGAUCCGCAGUCGUUUUGGCAAAACUCAAAAAACUACCGGCACAUUACAGACGGGGAGCUCUGCCACAGACUGCGGCUGCAGCGGUCCUCAGGUGGUGCGGAAUCGCCUGGCGCAGGGAGACGCGCAACUCGUGGUUCAUGUGGGCUUGUCUGCGUCGGGCGAUACUGUACACAAGUCCGGAGAAGACAGAGACGAGUUGGCAAAGGAAGAUGGCGUGAAGGCCUGGCAACGAUAUGCAGCGGCGACGGCAGCGGCGUGUGCCAAGGCCUUUUGGGAGUUUCGGGACAAGACACGAUAUCCGGAGUCGAGAAACGCAGUGGCGACCACGUGGCUGGUGUCCUUUGACCAAAUCCAAAGGAACGACGGUGCUGCCGCCGACAUGCUAUCAUUCCUCUGCUGGAUCGAGCCGAAAGCCAUCCCGCGCGCCCUUCUUCCCGAUUUCGAAUCUGCAGACACAGAAAACGCCAUCGGCACCUUGUGUGGAUACGCGUUCCUCACCGUUCGAGAGAUCCAAAUCUCCAUUCGAGUGCAAUGCGGUAUUGUUAUUAGUCAUCUAUUCUAG